AUGGAGAGCAAACAGACCCCGUCCAGAAUAAACGAGCUAAUAAAGUCCCUACCCGUUGACCAGACGAAACUAGGGGAGCUUUUAAGCAACAACAUGCUAGAGGACAUAGAAGUGCGAAUGUACGGAAACAAGAUAGGCAAAGCAGAGUGUGCCAUAAAGCAGGCCAUUCGCCGACUCGGCGUGAAACUGAAAGUAAAAAACUCAAUUGACAGGAGACACUUAGUCGUAAAGCUGCACAAGCACAUGAAGUUUAUAAUAAUAAAAAUCGAGGCAUGA